CUUGGAGAAUGUGGAUAAAUGUGGAGAUCAUAUUCGAGAUUUCAACAUAUUUCAGGCGCUUGAAGGCCCAUUCUGGCCCAAGCAAAUGCUGAAUCUUCCCACCUGUCUUCCAACCAGUAAAAUGCCGCGUGCGUCGGACAUGGCGAGUUCCGCAACGCAUGUUCUCUCGUCCCAGCGUCUUCAACUGGUGCUGGACUACCUCUCGGCCCCUGAAGCCUUCGGUUGUGCUUCCGUCUGCAGCAGCUUUGCCAAGACGCUGCAGCUGAGCGACGCCCGCUUGUGGCUGCGGCGGCUGCGGCCGAAGACGUGGAAAAGCGAAGGGAUUGACGAGUUGAGUCAGGAGUUUUGCCGCCGUUUGUUGCGCGAUUGGCACCUCUGCUUGAAGCAUUCAGCGUGCCAAGUAGCGUACGUCCUGUACGAUCAGCACCUCUUCUUCGUGGAGCCCAACACGAGCAUGGCUCCCGCGCCACAAGGAUCAGAUCCAUUUCCGGUCAGUGUGGAUGCAAAGACCUACAAGUGUUCGAUCGAGGAGUUCAACUGGGACUGUUUGUGGUGGAAAUGCCUCGACAAUGAACUCUUUCGCUGGCCACAGGAAAUUCGUCUUAAUGAGGUGAUUGUGCGCAGUCCAAGCGACGAGGACGACCGCGGGCGUGGAACUGACGAUGAGGACGACCGCCGGCGAGGAGCCGACGAUGAGGUAAGAGUGCCACUCAUGAACCCGGAGGAUGUGCCACCCGGGGCAGUGAUGGUGGGUGAACCGCGUCCUUUCAUCCCUGCGACCAAGAUGGUGCCGCAUGAACUGGAAGCGGUGCCGGGAUAUCGUGGAGAUCUCUCCUUGCCCGACUUGUGCCAGGAUGUCUUAGCAGUCUUGUCCCUGAACGCUGCAUGGUUCGAUUACAGCUUCUGGACACGCCAGUUGCAGGCGAUUCUUCUACUGCGCGACGGCCGUUUCUUGCUGAUCGGCACCUGCGAAUUGCAGGGCACGAUCGAAUCACAAGCAUCCGCUCGAGUUUCUCGCUGCUUCGUGUCCGAUUCGUUGAUGUCCCUGGUGACCUUUGCCCAAGACCCGCGUAGUCGCGAGAUCUUGAGAACCACUCUGC